AUGCCAGGUGUUAAAGAGCCAGCUUACACUUUGGUGUUUGAUCCUACACCAGGAAACAAUCAUAUGACUGUUGAUGAAUUCCAAAAAGCUUUAGAAAAGGGUAAAGAUGAAGACAAAAUUGAUACCAUGAAACAGAUCUUAGUAACCAUGUUAGAUGGGAACCCAUUGCCUGAAUUGUUGAUGCACAUCAUUCGUUUUGUCAUGCCUUCGAGAAAUAAGGCUUUGAAGAAAUUAUUAUAUUUUUACUGGGAAAUCGUUCCAAAAUUGGAUGCUGAUGGGAAAUUAAGACAUGAAAUGAUUUUGGUCUGUAAUGCUAUCCAACAUGAUUUACAACAUCCAAAUGAAUAUAUUAGGGGUAAUACUUUAAGAUUUUUGACCAAAUUAAGAGAACCUGAAUUAUUGGAACAAAUGGUACCAUCAGUUUUACAAUGUUUGGAAUAUCGUCAUGCUUAUGUGCGUAAGUAUGCUAUCUUAGCUGUUUUAUCUAUCUUUAAAGUUAGUGAUCAUUUAUUACCAGAUGCUAAGGAUCAUAUUAAGAAUUUCUUAGCUGUGGAAACUGAUCCAAUCUGUAAAAGAAAUGCCUUCAUUGGGUUGACUGAAUUGAACCGUGAAGAUGCAUUGACUUACUUGGAAAACAAUAUCACAUCUAUGGAUAAUUUGGAUCCAUUAUUACAAAUUGCUUUCGUUCAAUUCAUUAGAAAAGAUGCUUUCCAAACUCCAAGUUUAAGACAUCAAUAUAUUGAGUUAUUAUGCGACUUAUUGAGUAGUGCUACUUCAAUGGAAGUUAUUUUUGAAACUUCAAUUGCUUUAAGUAGUAUGGCUUCCAAUCCAAUAGUUUUAAUCACUGCGGCUACGAAAUUAAUCGAGUUAGCCGUUAAAGUUUCCGAUAAUAAUAUCAAAUUAAUUGUGUUAGAUCGUGUUGCUGAUAUUAACCAAAGAAAUCCAGGCUCAUUAGAAGAUUUAACACUGGAUAUUUUGCGUGUAUUACAUACGGAAGAUUUAGAUGUCCGUUCUAAAGCAUUAGAUAUUGCAUUAAGUUUAGUAUCCUCAAGAAAUGUUGAUGCUGUCUUGAAAUUAUUAAAGAAAGAAUUACAACAAACAGUGGCUAAUAGUGAAAAGGAAAAAUCUAUGGAAUAUAGACAAUUAUUAAUUAAAACCAUCCAUACAGUUGCUGUUCGUUUUGAAGAAGCUGCCGCUGACGUUAUUUCUUUAUUAUUAGACUUCUUAGGUGAAUUGAAUUCGACUGCUGCAAGUGAUGUCAUUUCAUUUGUUAAAGAAGUUGUGGAAAAAUACCCAAAACUAAGAUCUGGUAAUUUAGAAAAUUUAAGUCUUGCUUUAGAAAAUUGUAAAUCUGCCAAGGCAUACCGUGGUGCUUUGUGGAUUUUAGGUGAAUUUUCUGAAACUGAGUCUGAAAUUCAAAAAUGUUGGAAACAUUUCCGUGAAAGCAUUGGUGAAGUUCCAAUAGUUCAAUCUGAAUUGAGAAAGUUAGCUCAACAAAAUCACGACGAAUCCCAAGCAACUAAUGAAGAAGAAAACAUCUCAAAACCAACCGGUCCAGUUAUUUUACCGGAUGGUACUUAUGCUACUGAAAAUGCAUUUGAUUCCGUUGAUUCAAAGAAGACUAUUUCUGCUGAAGAACGUGAUUCGAGACCUCCAUUACGUCGUUUCAUCUUAAAUGGUGACUUCUAUACUUCAUCUAUCUUAGCAAGCACAAUUAUUAAAUUAAUACUAAAAUUCGAAAAAAUUUCAAAAGAUUUCACAAUUAUUAAUGCAUUAAAGGCCGAAAGUUUAUUAAUCUUAGUUUCUAUCUUACGUGUUGGCCAAAGUAAUUUAGUUGAGAAGAAAAUUGAUGAAGACUCUUCAGAAAGAUUAAUGACAGCUAUUUCAAUUAUUAUGGAUGAUACUAAUCCAAAUGAAAAAGAAACUGAAAGAAGCUUACUUGAAAUCGCCUUUAUAGAUGCUACUAAAUCUUCCUUUAAAAAACAAAUCAUUUUAUCACAAAAGAAAAGUGCAAGAAAAACUGUUCAAGAUGUUCAAAAGAAUGCUGAGCCAAUUGAUAAAGCUAUUUCAUUUAGACAAUUUGCAGCAGCAGCUUCUUCCACAGCUAGUGAUGAUAAUAUUGAAGAAGAUCUACAAUUAGCCUUGAAGGGACACUCAGUUAAAUCUUUAGAAAGUUCUACUUCAUCUAAAUUAAAGAAAAUUGUACCAUUAACUGGGUUUUCUGAUCCUGUUUAUGCUGAAGCUUAUAUUACAAACAAUCAAUUCGAUGUUGUUUUGGAUGUCUUAAUGGUAAAUCAAACUAAAGAAACUCUAAAAAAUUUACAUAUUCAAUUUGCUACCCUAGGUGAUUUAAAGAUUAUUGAUAAUCCUCCAAGUACAAACGUUAUUCCUCACGGAUUCCAUAGAUUAACUGUCACAAUUAAAGUCUCAUCCGCCGAUACUGGUGUUAUCUUUGGUAAUAUUAUUUAUGAUGGUGGUCAUGGUCAAGAUGAUCGUUAUGUUAUCCUAAAUGAUGUUCAUGUCGAUAUUAUGGAUUACAUUCAACCAGCUACUACAAGUGAUGAAAAUUUCCGUACAAUGUGGAAUGCAUUUGAAUGGGAAAAUAAAAUUUCUAUUAAAUCUAUGCUACCCUCUUUGCACGUAUACUUGAAACAAUUAACUGAAGGCACAAAUAUGGGAUUACUAACACCUGCAGAAUCUCUUGGUGAAGAAGACUGUAGGUUCUUAAGUUGUAAUUUAUAUGCCAAAUCUUCCUUUGGUGAAGAUGCUCUAGCCAAUUUAUGUAUUGAAAAAGACCAAACUACAGGUCAAGUUAUUGGUUAUGUUCGUAUUCGUUCAAAGGGUCAAGGUUUAGCCUUAUCUCUUGGUGAUAGAGUUGCUUAUAUCGCAAAGAAAAAUUCAAACAUGAAACUAGAUCGUAUCUAA